AUGCACUGUGUUUUGCUUCAGCUCAACGGUCGACCAACGUUUGUCCUCCGUCCCGUCCUUGCUUUGCUUCAGAGGGCCUUCCAGUUCCAGUUAUUUUCGCAAUACGAGCACAUGCAGACCGCAACUCAGCGCUGCUUGCGUGGAUCUUCUGCUCAAUCUCACGCAGGGUACGCACAGAAUCGCCGGGGCGCCCUAAUUUGCUCAAGCUUGCGGCCGCAUGCGCGGAUGCAACAGUCCCUCGCAGCGUCCUGCCCAGGCGCCGUGGCACAGCCACAGUGCCUAGUAGCAGGAGCCACAGUGUCGCCAGCUGCAGGGCCUCUGCGGCGUCGCUCCACAGUUUGCGCGGCUGCCGCUUCUCAUGGCCCCACGGGCGCCACGGAGCACUAUGACUUCGUGAUUGUGGGCGGAGGCCCGGCGGGGCUGCUCGCAGCUAGGUCGCUGCUGACGGUGGCGCCCACCGCGUCUGUCAAGGUGCUGGAGGCCGCCCCCGGCUUCCCUCCGCAGGGCGCGGGUGUGCUUGUGGAGAUGAACGGCUGGCGGGCGCUGCACGCCGUUGAUGACGCGCUGGCAGAGAAGCUGCGGUCGCGCGGGUACCUGUUCGACGCCACCCGCCUGUUCAACGAGAAGGGCGAGGCCAUGGCGCCGGGGCCGCUGGCGGGCGGCGGCUGGAAGCACGAGGAGAGCAUCAAGGCCCACGGGCACACCAGCGUCAUGGUGCAGUGGGGCGACAUCCGCGCCACCCUGUACGAGGCGCUGCCGGAAGGAGUGGUGUCCUUCAACAGCCGGGUCAAGGCCGUGACGCCGGGGGAGCCGGGCAAGCAGCCCGCCGUGCUGGAGGUGACGCAGGCGGACGUCCCGGACGGCGCCGUGCGCACCGUCAGUGCCGGCAUCCUGGUGGCCGCGGACGGGUACUUCAGCCGCACCAAGCGACAGGUGUGGGGCGGCGCGGGCCUGCCGGAGAGCAUGGAGAAGCGCAUCUGGCGCGCCGUGGUGACGGUGCGCGACCCGGCCGAGGCGCCGGAGCUGCUGCGGACGGCGGGCGGCGGGCCGUGCCUGUGGCUGGGGGCGGGCAUGCCGCCGGUCCGCUCCGCCACCGUGUACCCGCUGGGCCACAACCGCUUCGUGUGGACCUGCAUCGCUGCCAACUCGUACCUGGAGAAGGCCGGCGAGCCAACUACCCUCAAGCUGGGCGAGGACCAGGGCAUUCACCAGGCCUCAGGCGCCACGGGCUUCAAGGCCAAGAGCCGCUGCCUGGCCGUGUUCGGCGACUACCCGCCCGCGCUGGUGGAGCUGCUGCGCCGAACCGACCCCGACACAGUCACGGAGCACGGCUACUUCGCCACCGACGUGGCGGCGCUGACCGGGGCCUCGGACUGGGUGCGCGGCAAUGUGGUGCUGGUGGGCGACGCCGCGCACACCGCGCCGCCGGACGGCCAGGGACUCAACAUGGCGCUGGAGGACGUGGCGGUGCUGGGCGACUGCGUGCAGCGGCUGGGCGCCACAAGCCAGGCACUGGAGGCCUACGCGGCUGAGCGGCUGCCGCGAGUGCGGGACGUGUGGCUGCGGCCCGACGGCGCGCCCACGCCGCCCAACCGCCCCGCCGCCAUCCGCGGCGCCUCCUUCACGCCGCUGGGUCCCGGGCCCCACAGCGGCAAGAGCCGGCCGCUGCAGGCCGCGGCGGCGGCCGUUUAGAUGGGUUGCGGCGCGAGCAGCAGGGGCGGGCACCACGGGGUGGUGGUCUGGCCGCAGUCGGGCGGGCGGCAGCCGUGUGGUUGAACAGCCUGGCAGAUAUGGAACGCAGGUGCAGUCCAGGUGCGAUCCGAAUCUGUUGCAAGGCGCCGCCAGAGUAUCGUCACAGCACUCUUUCGCCGAGCAGCGCCACGUGAUUUUGUGAGGAUGAUUCGAUUGGCCCGCGCAUGAGCAUCGCUCGUACGGCGUUACACCGGCUUUGCAUUGAGCGCGAGAGCACAUGCAUGCGCAACUAGUGGGCUGGCGCGCGAAGUAUACUGAAACGGCGAGCUAGCAAUUAGUGAACGCGGGCACGCAUGGUGAGCUGAUUGUGCACACCUUCGUUUUUGAGCACCAUUGCAUGCAUGGUGGGCGGCGUUUCCUUCACACAGUUUUGUAUCGAAGGCGGGUUUGUCAUGUUUGUACGUACGGCUCGUGAUGUACUCGGAAUGUACUCGUGGCCUGGGCACCUGCUUGAAAGCUGCUUCGGCUAGCUCCUGUGUAUGUGUGUGUGUGCGCGGCACGCAGUGUGUUCCUAGGGUUCGUGUCCAUGUGUCGGCGGUGUGGGACAGUGGGAGGUCUGUCGUGCGGCAUGUAUGGUGGGCGCGCGAGCUCCUGAGCACGUACGAUGGGUGUAGCUCCGGGCGCGCGAGAGCCGUUUGACUAAUCGCACGGAGCAACGGGCUGUGCUGGUGCGCGCGUGCUGUGGUGUUACGACAGUGCGUACAGCAUAAACGUAUCGGUAGUGCUAGCUGCUCUCAGGCCUGGGCUGCACCAGCCAGCCGUAGCCCGGCCCCGGGCGCUACCUGGUUCCUUUGAAGACGGGAUCGGCACGGCAACAGGUGCAGGAUACAGGAUAUUUGCGCAAGGACAGGAGCAGGUGCCGGCCAGCCGCAAGCCAUAGACGUUGGGCCCGUUGGUGCGCCCUUACACUGCUGCGUGCAACUUUGUACGGAAUGUCCGACUUUCGCAUGCCUCGCAUGCCUCGAAGCUCAAUUCAAUUGCGCUGUAAUCCAAUUCGCAC